GCAGGGGCACAAAGAAAAGCAGAAGUGGAAGACUUGGAGACUUGAUCCUCCUCCCUGAAGGGGCCUGAAGCUGCCUGGUGCUGUUGCGGGUGAUGUCUGUGCAGGAGGGAUGACUGGGCAGGGCUGGGUCGUGUGGCUGCCUUGGGCUCUACUGUUUCUCUGGGGCCCAGGUUGUUCAUCUCUAAGUGGCCCCACGUCCGUGACGGGCACCGUGGGGGGAUCCCUGAGCGUGCAGUGUCAGUACGAGGAGAAAUUCAGAGAGAUUGCCAAAUACUGGUGCAAGAGCCCAUGUGUGUGGAGUACUGUAAAGACCAAGGAGGCAGACAGAGAAGUGAGGAACGGCCGUGUGUCCAUCAGGGACCAUCCCGCCAACCUCACCUUCACAGUGACCUUGGAGAGCCUCACAGAGGAUGAUGCAGGAACAUACCGGUGUGGGAUCGAUACAUCAUCAGGACUGCCAGGAUUUGUGUUCGACCACACCUUCCGUGUUGUGGUGUCUGUGACCCCAGCAGCAAAAACAUCCACCCCACCUGUCAGCAUCACUGUAACCCAGAUGUCGAAAAGCACAGCUAAAAUUAUGAUCAUGCCGACCCAGCCCUCCUCCGCUGCCCCAACCGCCGUGGGAGCCACCCGCAGUGCAAGCAGCCAGGAGGAAUUCCCGCCGAGCCAGGGCCUGGGGCUCCAAGUACUCCUCUCCUUGUUGGCACUUCUGCUGCUUCUGCUGGGGGGCAGCUCGCUGCUGGCCUGGAGGAUGGUUCGCAGACGGAUCAAAUCUGGUGAGAAUCCAGAGCCACUCCAGACCCCUAGUCAGCAAGGGGAGCCCCACUAUGCGAAUCUGGAGCUGCAGAUGUGGCCCCUUUGGGAAGAGCCUGUGCACCCGAGGCAGGAGGAGGUGGAAUACAGCACAGUGAAGGCUCCCAGGGAAGAACUUCACUACACGUCCAUGGUAUUUGACCUCCAGAGUGGGGAUUUUAAGGCCAACAGGAUUCGCUCCCAGAGGACCCUGGAGGAGGAGACACAGUACAGUGUGAUUAAGAAGACAUAAGCCUGUGUCACCAGCCCCACCAUCUGGAGCUAUGUGUGGAGGGCAGGAGCUCAGUCCUGUGUGGCUCCAGGAAAAGACGUGACCCGCGUGGGAUGGUACCUGCAAAUACCUUUAUAAAUCACAGCUCCAUGGAAGUGUCUGGAUCUCUGCAGCAUGGGGACAACCAGCGGAGGGAUCGGGAGAACACAAAAGCCCUGAAGAUGGAGUCUCCCUUGUCUCAUGGACAAGGAUGCUGAGGCCCAGAGAGCAGAGGCUUGCCCAUGGUUCCAGAACCAGUGGCACAUUCCUCUGGACUCUUAGAUAACUUUACUUUUAAUAUUAAGAGAUAUCAGUACAGUUUAAAAUAUCUUCGGAGAGAAGAAAAAAGUUAUUUAAGCCAUGCCUCCUCUGUGCCCACAAUUCUGUAUUAAAGAAAGCUCCUCCCUUUUGAAGGCUGAAUAGUAGUCCAUUGUGGGAUACAGCACACUAUGCUCAUCCUCUCAUCCAUCG